UUCUCAGGCAGGUAAUCUGCAGCCAUGAGCAGCAAUGAAUGCUUCAAGUGUGGACGUACUGGCCACUGGGCUCGGGAGUGCCCUACUGGAAUUGGCCGUGGUCGUGGGAUGAGAAGCCGUGGUAGAGCAGGCUUCCAGUUCAUGUCUUCAUCUCUCCCGGACAUCUGUUACCGCUGUGGUGAGUCUGGCCAUCUUGCCAAGGACUGUGAUCUUCAGGAGGAUGCCUGCUAUAACUGCGGUAGAGGUGGCCACAUUGCGAAGGACUGCAAGGAGCCGAAGAGGGAGAGAGAGCAGUGCUGCUACAACUGUGGCAAACCUGGCCAUCUGGCUCGUGACUGUGACCAUGCAGAUGAGCAGAAGUGCUAUUCUUGUGGAGAGUUUGGGCACAUUCAAAAAGACUGCACCAAAGUGAAAUGCUAUAGGUGUGGUGAAACUGGCCAUGUAGCCAUCAACUGCAGCAAGACCAGUGAAGUCAACUGCUAUCGCUGCGGCGAGUCAGGGCACCUUGCACGGGAAUGCACAAUUGAAGCUACAGCCUAAUUAUUUUCCUUUGUCGCCCCUCCUUUUUCUGAUUGAUGGUUGUAUUAUUUUUCUCUGAAUCCUCUUCACUGGCCAAAGGUUGGCAGAUAGAGGCUACUCCCAGGCCAGUGAGCUUUACUUGCCGUGUAAAAGGAGGAAAGGGGUGGAAAAAUCAACUUUCUGCAUUUAACUACAAAAAAUGUUUAUGUUUAGUUUGGUAGAGGUGUUAUGUAUAAUGCUUUGUUAAAGAACCCCCUUUCCGUGCCACUGGUGAAUAGGGAUUGAUGAGUGGGAAGAGUUGAGUCAGACCAGCAAACCCUCUCUGGAUUACAUGGAAGUGAUCCUAUGCAGGAGGAAAGAAAUUCUGGAAGUGUCUAAACUUCCUCAUAACUUUAAUUUUAUUGCAAUGGCCUUGGAUUGUCUGACCUCAGUAGCUGUUAACACCAAGUAAUAUCUGUAUCAGGCCCUACCUAGAGCAUAUAGCUGAGUGGGAGUAAACAAACAAGAUGCACAUGCCUGUUAAUGGCCAUGAGAGAGAGAGAGAGAAAUCAGGAAUAAACUUAAAAGUAACAGUAAUUCAGUCAAUGAAUGUUCAUGUUGGAGAUACAGAACGUAAUGGGAAGCUUUUGAAUAAAUAUUUCAAAGUAAAUCUGAAACCCAGACAUCAGUGCUCAUAGCAUAUACAAUUUGGAGCUAUUCAGGAGUUGCAAAUAAAUGCAUUUUCACAGAAAUCAAGAUGUUAUUUUUGUAUACUAUAUCACUUAGACAACUGAGUUUCAUUUGCUUGUAAUCAGUUUUUAAAGUAAGAUGGUAAAAGCAAUUGAAGUCCUAGAACAUAGAAAAUGUAAUUUUAAACUAUCAAUAAAGCUGGAGGAGGAAGGGGAGUUUGGCUAAAGUUCUUUUUGUUUAUUUUUGGUUUUCAUGUACACAGUGCAAAGUAACAUAUUAAAAAGGGGUAUGUGGAGGU